UUCCUUGCUCGUGAGUAAACAAAUCUCGAAAAAAAAAGUUUUGCUGCUUCUACACAGUUCUCAGACAACCUAAGGGGGUUUUGGCUAGGGUUUAAGACUGGCUGCUCUGUCUGAGAACUAAUAAGAGAAAGAGAGCAGAGGACUGGAGAUUGAACUUCGACAGCGCCCUAAAAAUGGUCCCCGUCAAUGGCGUGAAGGUUCUUCGAUCGUUGACUCGUCGAUCCCUCUCCUCAAGGCUUCUCGAAUCCUCGGGAAAUUUGAAUCUGAGGCAAGUCUUUGGAGGGACUUAUCGGAGAUUCGGUACGGGUAUUGGCAACCCUGUUACAGUGAUUGGAAAUUACGCUGCAAAAACCGGAAAUGAUCGGAGAUGGAUGAUCUUUGGAACUCUUAAUGCCAAUUUGGGCUCUACGAGGUCAAUUCAUGGAACAGGUCAAGCAUUUAUGUCCGCCCAGGAUUAUUACCAAGUACUUGGAGUGAACAAGAAUGCCACAGAAGGUGAAAUAAAGAAGGCCUAUUAUGGGCUUGCAAAGAAACUCCAUCCUGAUACGAAUAAAGACGAUCCAGAAGCUGAGAAGAAGUUCCAAGAGGUCACAAAAGCGUAUGAAGUUUUAAAAGAUAAGGAGAAGCGUGAUCUUUAUGAUCAGGUUGGGCAUGAAAGUUUUGAACAAAAUGCUACAGGUGGUUUUCCGAAUGAUUCGGGUUUCGGUGGUGGGUUUAAUCCGUUCGAUAUCUUUGGGAACUUCAAUGGCGAUAUAUUCAACAUGUUCAGACAAGAUAUUGGAGGCCAAGAUGUCAAGGUUGCGGUUGAACUAUCUUUCAUGGAAGCUGUGCAGGGAUGCUCCAAAACUAUUACAUUUCAAACCGAGGUGGCUUGCAAUGCUUGUGGUGGACAAGGCGUUCCUCCUGGUACAAAACGUGAAAAAUGCAAAGCCUGCAAUGGUUUAGGAAUGACAACAAUGAGAAGGGGUCUAUUAAGCAUCCAAAAGACUUGCCAGAAAUGUGGUGGAGCUGGUCAAACUUUCUCGAGCAUCUGCAAAACAUGUAGAGGAGCUAGAGUAGUUCUAGGACAGAAGACUGUCAAAGUGAAUAUUGACCCAGGAGUUGACAAUAGCGAAACGAUAAAGGUUUUGAGGUCGGGUGGAGCUGAUCCUGAAGGAGAUCAACCUGGAGAUCUUUAUGUUACCAUCAAGGUUCGGGAAGAUCCUGUUUUCCGUAGAGAUGGAGCAGAUAUCCAUGUGGAUUCCGUUCUAAGUGUCACCCAGGCUGUUCUUGGAGGAACCGUCCAAGUACCGACCCUCACUGGUGAUGUCGUGGUGAAGGUUCGUCCUGGAACCCAACCCGGUCAGAAAGUAGUUUUGAGGAAUAAAGGUAUUAGGCCAAGAAAGUCAUCAAGAUUUGGGGAUCAGUAUGUGCAUUUCAACAUCAGCAUCCCAACAACCAUAACUCCGAGACAGCGGGAACUACUGGAGGAAUUCAGCAAGGAAGAACAAGGCGAUUACGAGAGAUGCACUGCUGCAGGAGCUUCCCGAUGAAGUAUGAAAGCACAAAACCGUUCCUUGGAAAGCCGUCUCCGGCCAGAUUUUUGAGCGAAAUUUGAUUGGAUUAAGAAGUAGUUUAGGUAGUAGAAUCCGGGGUUUGCCGCCUUGUCUUAACUACUGGAAUUCAACAAAGCAAGAGUGCUUUGGCAAAGCUUUGCUUUGCUAAAAGUGCAGACACAAACUGGCUUUUGUGUUGUUUAUGUUUUUUUAUACUAAGUUGUUUUACGGUUCAUGAGAGACCAAAAUGAUGUAUAUGCAACUUUGUGCCGUUUCCAUAUAAUUAGAGUCUAGUCAUGAGACAGACGAAUAUAACGUCGUUUAUUUAACCA